CCUCACUUGCUUGAAGAAUGAGUGUAUUUCAUGGAUGAAAACGAUCCCUCCUAACUUGCUUGAAUAAUGAGUGUCAAGUGUGACGCCAUAACCCAAAAAGAAUACAACUUCAGAGUUUAGACGGUUGGAAUGAGAGCAAGGGGUAAACAAAGGUGGGUUCAGUUUCUUUAUGUGAUAUAAGAGGAUGGAUGAAUAGAAAUCUUAGCUUGCUGACUUCCCUCUUAUAACAAAUUCGAUGGGUGGCUGGUUUUUAUCUCUGAAGGUUAUAUAGCAAGGAGCAAUUGGAUUGGCAGGGUGGCAGGGGUGGUGGAGGGCAUUCGAUUCAAUUCAAAUAAGGGGUUGAUUACUUUCUGUAGUUUCAAUGAAUAAAGUGGCAACCUAGGGAUAGAAACUCCCUAUACCCGUUAAUUUUUUUCUCCAGCCCAAGGGGGGUGCUUGCACCCCCCUCCUCUGUGAAUAGCUCCGCCACUGGCUGCAAUGUUGUCUUCCAACAAAGAACAUAACCUCCAAUGGUGACAUACAUCAAGAUACCUACUAGAAUAGAAUAUGAUACUUGAAUCCUUUACUCGAGGUUCAUAUACAUUUUAACUUUUAAGGGUCUUUGUGGGGUGGGCGGAAUUGAUUAACUAUGUGCACUUAUUAGAUGUAAAAAUAAAUGAAUAAUGUCUAUGAGAUCUGCAUGCAUGUAUGUCAACACAUACUCAUAUAUACAUGCAUUGAAUUUGUAUAUAAGAUGCGGAGGAUGGCAAUGAAUAGAGUGGGAACUAGUUGAAAGUAAAGACACACUAAAUAUUGAACACGGUGAAACUAAGUACGUAACGUUUGUCCUGUUCGUGUGGCUGAGAUUAUUACUUUACUUCUCUUUUCUUUUAUAGGAAAUUUGGCUUCAAAAAGAAGAUGCAAAUUUAGUGACAGCAGCAUGGAGGGGCCAAAAAAUGCAUGCAUGAAGCCGCUGCAUGCAGGCCGAUCGAGGCCGUGCCCGCUGUAUGUUGAUAUAAGUGGAAUAAGAGCUGAGCCGUUAGUUUGUUGAUUUACGUGGGAGACAAAAACCCCAUCUUUGGAAUCUAAAGAGAGAGAGAGAGAGAGAGAGUGUGUGUGUGAGACUGUGUUUCAGAAGGUAGCAGAAGAGUUUGGUUUUGACCGGUCUCGAUUGAUUCUCCCGGUGGGUAAUGGCAAAAGAAACCCGGACCCCAACUACAUCUCUUGUCUUUGUUCCCCGAUAGAUAGAUGCCAUCAAUAACACAAGUACAUCAGUAAAAAAAAAAAAAAAAAAGAUACCUUUGGCCGGCGAUGUUCUUUUGUUUCUAGUUCAGGGUUAUUUAACCUUAUCCUGGAAGUGUUAAACUAAUGUGAGAUGUUUGAUAUCUCUGUUUGUAACAUUUAGUACCAGAAAUUAAGUAACUUCAUGCGAGCAAACGAACUACUGCAGCUAGCAUAUAUGUUUGUACAUAGCAAGGCUACGAGCUGCGUACGUGACGACGAAGAAGAUGUGGAAGUAAGUAGUGUUAUUGUAUGGUUAAUGGUUGCAGAUAGUUGGGAAGCUGGUAGUGGAUUGGCGUGCAGAGGUGAAAUGGUGGGUGGGGUUGGAUUGGUGGUGUGGUCUUCGAGGUACAUAAUUUUGUUCAAUACUCAUCGCUUCAAUAAUAAAAGAGAAGAAGAGAAGAGAGCAGAAGGACUCACUAUCCCCUUGCCCUGCUCCCUUCUGAUUAUAACACGUGAAGUCAGUCCAGUAGUGCGUCCCAGCAAAGUUUUCUUAUGGGUAUUGGAACCUGCAUUCAAAAUUGAGCCCGUGGUAAAAAAAUAAUUAAGCGAGCUGGGGUUUAGAAUAUAAGUAAAGUACCCAUCGAGCUUUGGAUUCUUACCGUUCGUUCACUAGCUGUAAAAAAAGAUUAUGCAUCCCCUUUUUACAUUUCCUUAACGGUGUAUUUGUUCGAUGUAUCUGUAAACUACGUACGUACUGUCAUUUUAAUUUGCUCGUGUUUUGUUUUAAUAUUUGUCUCAGUUCUUAAACCCUUGUUAAUAAACUACUGAACGGAUUGAGAAAUAUGAAAAAUCAAAAGUCAGAUACAGAAAACGGAUAUUAGAAAGAUGAUUCGUUAAGACACUAUAAUUAAUCUCUUUAUACAACUCAAUUAACAUAAUGAGUUUAACACCUAAUUCUAUCUAACCGAUUCGAUUCGAUUGAACCAAUCCUAUCUAAUCAAAAGGGACACCAACCCUAGUUAUUAUACAUGGUUUAACCUCUGUUAUAUUCUGUUUCAGCAACUAAACUAAUUUCUCAAAAUAUGUCUCAUAAACCUUCUCAAACAAAUUUGAAAGUUCACUUUUUUGUCCAUGUUAUUCAUAUUUUUAUCAAAUAUGCUCUAACUACAUGAUUAACAUGAACCUAAUCAAAUUACAAAAGGCGAGAGCCUACUUAGAAGUAUUGAACUUGGAAACCCCGAAGAAGAGUUUCAGAUCGAUAUCCGCUUAAUAUCCGUCCCGUCAUCUCUGCCUAUUAUUGUCUUAAAUAAACAAAGACCAGCUCUUUACUAUAUAACUGAAUUUAUGAUUUCAAAAGGAUCAUUAAUUGAGAAAUGUUCCAGUGUAGUUAUAAAUUAGGACAUGCAUGCUAUGGAAGAUAAACUGAUUAUCUAGCUAGGGUCAAACUCUCAAAAUGUGGGCGAUAGGGACAGUUCAAGCUCUAAAGGGUACCCCUGGAUUACAAAUAGACCUCUGAUAUGUAUGUGUAUAAAUUAUACAUGAACAUGGUACAUCGAUCAACCGUCGGUCUUAAAAGAAAUAGCUGUCCUCUUUCUGCAGCAGCUACCUCAUUAACUUAUCGAAAACAUGGACCUGACCCCGCCAAUUUAAAGGUGCUCUAGCUCCCCGCCCGUUAAACGACGAUAUAUGGCUCCACUCACCUUUGUUCUGUAGCUACCAAACACCACCAAGCAAAGCACGCAUACAAAUGUGUAGCCAAAGCUAAAGCUGGUACUCCUGUAUUUGAGAUUAUUCUAGUUAAUAUAUCAUGUCAGGUUGUGCAAUUAAUAAUAAACCCAUUAAAACUUUGAACUACUGUGUUCACAGUUCCCCAUCGCAUUCAGGGCUCAGACAGAGUGACUGCAGAGAUAUAUUAUUGGGGGCUGGGCUGGGUUCUUUGCUUUCUCAUCAUGUUUGAUAAUUCAUUUCAUUGUAAGAUGCCCAACGAAAAGGAAUCAAUCGGAAAAAGCAUCCCUUCCCUUUUUCUCUCUUUGUAUUAUACUCACUCUCACUACUACUGUUGCUAUUCCUAACAAUCGUACUUGCUUGCUUUUAUAUAUACAUACAUACAUCCUUUCCUUCUCUCCCUAGCCAGCCAGCCAGCCAUCAGUUUCAGUGCCUUCUUCUUCCUUCUCCUUCUUUUCUCUUUCUAUAAUGGGAAAGAAGAGCAACGGCAGCUCCCCGUCCUCAUGGUUGACCAUGGUCAAACGGGCUUUCAGGUCUCCGACCAAGCCCAAGAAGACCAGCCGCUGCAGAGAAGACUACGACGACCAGCUGCACGACGAGGAAUACAAGAAGAGGGAGAAAAGGCGAUGGCUGUUCAGAAAGCUAAGCAGCAAUGGCAGUCAAAACAAUGCCCCAGCAGCAGUAGUACUUCAGCAAGAUAGCAGUAGUGAAGAAAUCGGCACUACAGCUGCAAAGGAGCUGGAAGCGGCUGAACAGAGGAGGAGCGCGAUGGCGGUUGCGGCUGCCACCGCGGCCGCUGCUGAAGCCGCAGCUGUCACGGCGCAAGCCGCUGUGGAGAUGGCUCGGCUCACCAGCAGGCGGCCCGCGCCGCCGCCUAAACUUUUUGUUACGCAGCAGCAGCUUGACUACUGGGCUGCCGUCGUCAUCCAGAGUGCUGUCAGAGGCUACCUGGCAAGGAGAGCGCUACGGGCACUGAGGGGGCUGGUGAAGCUUCAGGCUCUGGUGAGAGGGCAUAAUGUGAGGAAGCAGGCCAAGCUGACGCUGAGGUGCAUGCAGGCGCUGGUCAGGGCUCAAGAGCGGUUCGGGUUGGACCAGCAGCAACGGUCUGGUCAGCUCUCACAUGAAGGCAGCUACAGAAGGAAGUCCAUGUUUGCUGAGUCCAAUCCCGCUGCUGCUUUCUGGGAUCCCACGUGUCUUCACGACAUUCGCCACAGAAAGUCCAAGUCACGAGAUUUAAGCACAGUGCUAGAUGGUUGGGAGCAUCAUCUGCCAAGGAGAAGCGAGGAGGUUUCUGAUGGUAGAAAAGAAGCAGCUUUGAAGCGAGAGAAGGCGCUGGCUUAUGCUUUCUGUAACCAGAUAUGGAGGUCUGAAAGGAACUCCUGCGGAACAGGGGAAGAACUGGAAGACGAAGAAGAAGUGGCAGAAGCAGAGGACAGAGCAAGGUGGCUCGACCGCUGGAUGGCUACAAAGCAAUACUCUUCUUCCUCCACCACCAACAGAGCAGCGUCCCUUGACCGCAGAGACUCCAUCAAAACUCUUGAAAUCGACACCUCCAGACCCUACUCAUCAUACAAACAACCAAACCCUCCUCCUCCGCAGUUCCCUCAUCGGAAUUCCGUGGCCUCUCCACUCCACAGAGCUUCCAGCUACCACCAAACGGCGGGCCCACCAGUCACCCCAUCUCCCACCAGGCCCAGGCCAGUCCAGGUCCGUUCGGCAAGCCCACGCUGCCAGCCCAGAUGCUACUCCGCGGCCCAAACCCCAAACUUCGGGUCGAGGACAUCGGCAUCAUACUCCAGGUACUCAGGAGGAGCUGCCGCCGCUACUAACUCUGGAACUCCGAAUUACAUGGCGGCUACCGAAUCUGCCAAGGCUCGGAUCAGAUCCCAGAGUGCGCCCAGGAGUAGGCCUUCAACUCCCGAGCGAGACCGUGGGCUCGUUGGCACCGGGUCGGCUAAGAAACGGCUGUCGUACCCGGUUCCUGACCCGCACGGCGGCGGCGGUGGCUACGGUGGAAGCAACAGCUUUAGCCAGAACCUGAGGACACCGAGUUUCAAGAGCAUGCACAAUUUCGGAUCCUAUUAUGCCAAUUCCUGUUAUACCGAAAGCAUUGGUGGCGAGAUCUCUCCAUGUUCCACCACUGAUCUUAGGUGGCUGAGAUGAUAUGAACUUUUAGGGGUAAAGAGACGCAAGUGAUUAUUUUGCAAUGCAUCGAAUUGGGAUCUUGAUCUUAUGUUGGUUGAACAAACAUCCUGAAGAAUAUGAAACAUCAGAAGAAACGAGAAAAAAGGACCGAGGUGAACACACUUUGAAGCAGUCUACUACCUGUAAACAAACCAGCACAUCAUCCACAGUCCAAACUUAUGCAUGUAUGUAAUUAACCCUCAAUUACCUGAUUGACAUGGCAAGGAGCAGUCUGAAAUAUCAAGAAAGUAAGCCAGAGCCA